AUUUACCAUCAUCAAGCAUCCAUUCUUCUACAACUUUCGAGUAAUUAAAAAGCCUAAGAAGUUCCACAUACUAACAAAUUACGCGUAAAAGCAAUCAAAUCAUCUUCAGAAAGAAGCAAAAUGUCAAAGGGAGGACUUGAAGCCGGUGUGGCCUCUAAGGGUGCUGGUGCUGGUGCUGGUGCUGGUGCUGGUGCAAGCCGACCACUUUCCAUCCUUGACUUCAUCUUUAGGGUUGUUGCUGGCCUUGCUACUCUAGCAAGCGCGAUUUCCAUGGGAACAACUAAUGAGACUCUCCCUUUUUUUACACAAUUUAUUCGGUUUAGAGCUGAAUAUGAUGAUCUCCCAACAUUCACGUUUUUCGUGGUGGCAAACGCGAUAAUAACAGGUUACUUGGUGCUUUCUCUUACACUCUCAAUCUUCCAUGUCAUUCGAAGUGGAGCUAAAGGAACCAGGAUUUUGUUGGUCAUUCUUGACACGGCUGCAUUGGGUCUAUUAACAUCAGCAGCAUCAGCAGCAACAGCAAUUGUAUACUUAGCACACAAAGGCAAUACCUCAGCCAACUGGUUCGCAAUCUGCCAGCAGUUUAACAGCUUCUGUGAGCGUAUUUCUGGUUCAUUGAUCGGCUCCUUUGUUGCAAUCGUUAUGUUCGUACUACUUAUAUUCUUGUCAUCGUUUGCUAUCUCCCGCCAUCACUGAUAGCUGUUAGAUCAAC